CCAACACAGGCUUGAAGCAUAGAGCAGCUGCUGACCCAAACUCAGGCUUUAAAGGCGAGCUGGUGUGUUGGCUUAACACUGCGUUGGACAGCAUGAACGCUCUCUUAUUCACCUGUUUGCUGGUGCCCUGGCUGGUGGCAGCCUCGGCCAGGAGGUUUGACCAGGAAUCACAGCUGAUAAUGGGAUCUGUACCUGGCAAGGAUCCGAGCGGAUACUUCAUUGAUCAUUUAAAAUCAAGGAGAGCUAGGAGGGCGUUGCCUCUGGCUGAUGAACCUGAUGACAGCCCAGUGGAAGCAGGAGGAGAUACCUCUGAUCUGCCCACCUGCCUGCUGUGUGUGUGUCUAACUGGUUCAGUGUACUGUGAGGAGGUCAGUCCAGACAUGACCAGCGUUCCUUCCUUGCCUAAAGAGACGGCCUACCUGUACGCCCGCUUCAAUAAGAUCAAAAAGAUCCGCGCCAAAGACUUUUCCGACAUUGUUACUCUGAAGAGGAUUGACCUGACAGGGAACCUGAUCUCAGAGAUUGAAGAGGGGGCGUUCUCCAAGCUAACCAUGCUGGAGGAAUUGUCUCUGGCGGAGAACAGCCUGGUCAAACUUCCUAUGCUCCCCACCAAACUCAUAUCCUUCAACGCCAACCACAACCAUCUCAAAACCAAGGGAGUCAAAGCUAACGCUUUCAAGAAAAUGACAAAACUGGUCAACUUGUACUUGGCAGACAACGAAAUGGAAGCUGUUCCACACAUCCCAGACAGUGUUCGGACCCUACAUCUACAGAACAACAACAUCACUGAGGUCAACGUAAACACCUUCUGCAAGUCCAAUGACACCUACUACCUACGGCCGAGCCUCAAUGAGGUCCGUAUGGACGGCAACCCUGUGGUUUUGUCCAAGAACCCGGACAGCUUCACCUGCAUGAAGGUUCUGCCUGUCGGACGGUACCGCUGAGGCGACAGAAACUUUACUGUACCCCCUUUGUUGUUGAUGGAGCAUUGGGAUACCGUGUUGUUCUGGAUUUUGGGGUGCUGGUCCCAUAAUGGGAAUAAACGUGACAAUGUUUUUACUUCAGCAAACCUACAAACAGUUUGUGAGAUUGUCAGGUCAAAAUGAAACCAUUCACUGGACUGAAGGUUUAAAAUGUAAGGACUUUCUCUACUCACGCAUAUUUCAGUUGUCGAGUCAGUCGAGUAAUUGGAUCAAAAUCCCCUGAGAAGGGGUGUGAAAGCCUAAAUGUGCUCCAAACAAGCAUUGCCGGACCACUUAAAACAUUUGCAUUUCAACUAAUCAUGAAAGAAGUUUGAACACUUCCGCACACCUGGCCAAUCACUCCGUAUGUGUUUGUCAGAUUGUCUGUUUUGCCAACAUAGCCUUUGAUUCUGCCAUCAGAAAAGGGGCUUAAGAAGAUGUUAAUACAUCGUGCAAACAGUUUGACUAUAUCUGACAGAUUAAGGCCAACUUUUCAGAAGACGUAAUACCAGUAGAACAACUGUAUCCCCUAAAAUGAGUGGAGAGGUGUAAACACCUCUACCUACUAACAGUCCGACUCAUGAUUUCAUUUUGACCUGGCGCUGUACUGCCUACAGUACAUGAAUGAAAGUACACAAACUCCUUGUGAGUUUGGACCAACACACACACAUGCAGCAACAAGCAAACAGGCGUGCUUGUAACUACCAGAACUUAUAGGUUCAAAACACAGGCCAAUGUCUUCAUAUUCUUUGUGAAAAUAAUUCUAAAAUAAUUUUUGGAUUUCUUUCCAAAAGUUACUUUAAGUCGUUAAACAAACAAGAUAUAACUAAAACCUUUUGGAUAUCUUUGCUGCUUUUGCUAACCUAAUGAAGUCUCUUGGACAAGUGUUAACCCUUUCAUUUUUAAGGUUUUACAAUACAAUUAAACAACUCAAUGUUGUAUAAUAUUACAACAAUUAAAAUGUUUUCAAGCCUUAUAAAGCCAGCUCUGUUUUCACCUUGCUCAUUGUCGGUCAUCAGGAAUUUCAUUUGGACAGACGUCAAUGAAAUAUCAAAAAUAAUACAUGACCGAAUUGCAGUCUUUGAUUAUGUGUAAUAUUGGUGCUGAAUGGCAUUUCAAAAUGUCCAUACUAAAAAUAUAGGCUGGCUUUGAGGCAAACACAUAAUGUUAAAAAAAACGUUUUCAAAACAGAAUUUUAGUCUGACACAAUCAAAUGAAGAUGUUAAAAUGUUUUUGCUUAUUCCAAUUCAAGUAUGUUUUGCAUUUAAUAUAUUUUCUUAUGACAGUAGUAGAAAAAGCUACAGUAUCUUCAAAAUUACAAUUCUAUAAGUCAUGAAAAAAGGUAGAUUCUGAAAUGGCACUUAAAGGUGCAAAGAGCCUUUGAGCAUUAUUAACAGUCCUCUUUAUUUGUUGUUACAUUUUUGUCACAUGUAAACACUUUCUCAGUGUUUCUUAGAAAGAUACUACAAAUGAACAAAACAUUGAGUGAAUUAAUUGAACUUUCAACUAUAGCAUUUUUUUUUUUAAAGGCCUCUUUAUAAGGGCAAUGGCCAUGCAGAUUUGUGCAGAAUUUCUUAAGUAAUUGAGUGACUUAGCUUCACCUUUUUUAUUUAUAGACUGCAGUGAACUGGGGCACAAUGUAUCUAUGAACUAUAGUAAUGUGAAAAUUACUCUUUUUUUAUUUUGUCUGCUUUUAAAAUGUCUUGCUUGUGUCCCUAACUCUUCCCUUCCAGUAAUAAAGAUGACUUAAGAAAUGA